AUGGCCGCCUCCUUUUCCGAUGCUGGCCACCACUGGACAGAGGAAACCCGUUCUACCUCCGACCCAACUCUGCCUCUGCCUAUACGUACUCGACCUGCUCAAGAAGAUGCCAACAAUCCCUACUUCAUGGGCACCAGAGACAACCCAGGCUUGAUCCUAGCUUCCCCACCUCUCACGGACACUAACUUCCAGCAGUGGGCUCGUGAUUUCAAGCUCUUUGUGGACGCAAAGAACAAAAAUGAAAACAAGAGUAGCAUCAACUAUCUUGAUUCAGCUGCUGCAAUGUGGACUGAAUUAAACAAAAGAUUCAAUCAAGGAAACGGGCCUUGCAUCUUUGAUAUUCAGACAUCUCUUAUUUCUCUUCAUCAAGGAGAUGAUUCCAUUAGCGCCUAUUUCUCCAAACUCAACGAAAUUUGGGACGAGAUCAAUGGAGUCCGACCAAGAACGCCAUGUACAUGUGAUGUUUCCAAUGAUAGUCUUGAGCUACAGAAUCUUGAGCAAGUUCUACGGUUUCUUACGGGAUUGAAUGAGUCCUACCAUGCUGUUCAUUCUCAGGUACUCCUUAUUGAUUCUUUACUCUUUAUUUCUAAAGUCUUUUCUACCAUUAUGCAAGAAGAAAGACAGAGAAAAAUAAAGCCCUCGGCUACGACAAGUCUCAUUGUUGCAUCCACUUCCACCACCCAAUCUUCCAACCCACCAUCACUUCUGCAAUCAAGAACAAAGAAGAUGCAGCCUACUUGCUCUCACUAUCAAAAGCCAGGACAUCUCAAAGAAAAAUUCUACUUCAUCCAUGGCCUUCCCCCUGGAUAUGGCACUAGAAAUGUCAACAAUAAGCCUACUAUUUAG